AUGGUACCAAGGACCUUGCCCUUGUCCUUUGAUGGUCCUUUGAUUUCGCUAGAGAUUGAACACUGCCACAACCAGAUGACAUGGCAAGCAAAAGUCCCACCCAAGACUUCCUUGUCCACCGCUGUCAUUCUUACGAUGUUCACCAAAGGAAUCAUGCCUGAAGCCUUUCGCUUUCGCACUAAGGACCACAUGCUGCUCAGUGACAUUACACUGAAGGAUGCUUUCGCUGUCACUCCGCAGGUCCUAUGUUUCAUUUGGGACCGUCCCCUGGUUUCUUUUCGGCCUGUCUCUGCGUGUCCACAUGAGAGUUCUGCAUCAGAUGCUGUGGGGUCUCCGACUCUGCCCUUCACUGUGCCAGGCGAGGAUUCACAACCCAUCACGAUUGAGACUUCACCACCGGUUCAACCUGCUCCUGAGGCCUUCCAGGCACUGCUGCGUUUUCUUGAGUUCAACACUCAUUGGCACCCUGCCUCCAAUCGAUCCAAGCAAUUGGUCUCCCUCCUUUGGGAAGCUCCACCUGGCGUGCUUACCGUCCAGCUUGACACCAUUGUCCCGGCUGCGGACCUCCAAGAGCAACUUGCCACCCACUUUGGUGCUGGCACCUACACCGUGUUCCAGAGCCCAUUCGCUCUCCCAAAGAUUGCACCAGGACCUCUCUUCACUGUGAGGCUCCGCAAUCAUCCCAAUGAUGCGCUGGUUGUUUUCCAGAAACUCCAAACCGAAGUUUGGGUUCGAGUUGCAGCAGUCCCCAAGCAGAUCCCACAUGACACCUGCAUCAUCGCUGGUGACGGUAACUACACCAUUUGCAGUCACAACAACAGGCCAUGCUCUGUGGGACCACUCCACAUUGCCAAUGGUGACCUCUUGAUCAUUGAGCCUACUCCGACCAUCCACGCUGGGGGCCACCAUCGUUGGACGGAGAGACCAGAAAGCCUCCCACGUGGGGCCACCUUCACUGACAGGAUCGCCUUUGCGAUCAACACACAUGGGUGGGUUGCUUCGGACGAACUCCACUCCGCCAUGACAUACCUGACCAGGCACUUCCCCGAGACCAUUGCUGAGUUCAACCUCCUGCGAUGGAACUCUGACGGACACGAAUUUGAUGAUGAGCUCUACGGAGAACCCAGAUUUGCAAGCGCAGGCAGAACGGUCACGGCAAUUCUUGUCGACAAUCACUGGGCCUCCAUUGAAGUCAACCGGAUGGGCAAUCUCAUUCAGGUCCACGCUUUCGGGCUAACUCCACCGCUCGCCAAUCGAGCCAUCAUCAUCAUGUGCCGCCUCCUUGAUAUCGCUCCACACCGUGCCCAGCAACACAUCCAUGCAGGGCUACCACCAGAACAUCUCUGCGGCUGGUUCUUGCUCUUUCGCUACUACAGAAUACGCCGCAUCCAUGAUACGCUUCCCAGCUCUGUCGAGCUCUUCAACGAGCUGCCGCCAACCCGAAGAGCCGAAAUCAGGGAGGCUUGGGAAUCCGGCCAAGAAGACUGGAGAAGAGCGGGCGCCAAUGAUGGCCUACUCCUCUUUGCAACCAACUUGAGGACACACUUCCUCACACAUCUCGCUGCCACGGCCACCCAGACCUCGUCGGUCGUGCCGGUACCAUUAUCAGUCCAAUUCCGAGCCCAGACCUUGACCCCUGAGACGCAACCGCCAGCGUCUCAGCCAUCUCCACCGGAGGAUCCAGCACCACUCGAAACAACACUGGGAUCAACAGAACAACCGGAACCAGAACCUGUUCGGCAUGACCCUGUCCACCACAGACUCCUUGAAUGCCUUCAGCAACCUGGCUGGCUUUCUUCGGAUGUGCUUGAUCAUGCCCUGGACUUGCUUCGGUGGCAGUUCCCACAGGUCUGCUUCUGCCCACCUGCUGUUUGGAGACCUGAGUUGCUUCAGGUAUCUUACCUCGCAGGCUUGGAAUGUCUUCCUGAGACUUUCAGCAACCUCAUUGUGUUCAUUCUGUGGCAGGAGCAUUGGAUUGUGUGUGAAGUGACUGUUCAUGCGUGGGAAGCCUUCGUCCAAACCAUUGGACCCAUCGAGCUCAUGCCUGACCUUACCAGCAUUGUUGCUGCAGUGUGCAUGCUGUUUCAAAUCCAGGAUGUUGUCCUCAACACUGCCACCACUCACUUUCGCGCCUUGCCUGGUUUGCGCGGAUGGACUUUGCUUUGGACUUUGUUCCAACGAUUCCAAACGCGACCCUCUCAGGCAUCACAACCACUGCUUGCUGCUUUGAGGGCACACCCUCACUAUGAGCUUAUCCAACAGAUCCAGUUGCGUGACCAUGCUGUCUGGGAAAAUGCUGAACCGGCGUUGCUCGAGUUUGCCUCAGCUAUCCAACUUGAGUUCAUGACGCGCAUCAUCCAGAAUCGCGUCCCCUCCGAGCGAGCAAGAGGUGGAGCUCUUACGGAUGUCUCUUCUAGCAGUGCUCCUGUUACCAUCGGCAGCCACCCUGUCAGUGCUUUGCCUGCCUCUCGUGUCUUUGAUCGGCUUCAGCUGUUUGACACGCAGCCAGGAUGGCUUUUCUCUGACACUGCUGACUACUUGCUCGAUUUCCUGCGGCAACAUGAUCCGGAUACUGCGUACCUUCCUCCCAUGCAAUGGACUUUUGAAGGUGGUGCCACUACCUUCAACGACUUGCAGACCUCCGUCCAUUCAUAUCAGAAGAUCAUUGGCCUUGUUUUGUGGAACACACAUUGGAUUUUGUGUGAAGUGCAAUCCACUGUUUGUGCGCGGUGGAUCUUCCUUACCGGCCCUGCUGAACUUCGACCGCAUUCGAUUGCCUGUGCAACAGCCAUUUGCGAGCAUCUUGGCAUUGAUCCUGUCCCACACAUCGUGUUUCGGGAUUUUCAAGCUGAUCCUCACCUGUGCGGUUGGACACUUCUCUGGCUUUGCUUUCAGAAGGCAGGGGUUGAGAUCCAUCACCCAGGACCAUUGCAAGAGAGUAGUUUCUUGCCCAGCAUUCAUCAUGCUGAAGUUCAACGAGUUCUCACCAAUGCAGCAGCAGCGUGGCAACAACCAGUGAUCCACCAAGCAGCGCUCUUUGCCAUGCGCAUGCUUCCAUGGCACCUCUUGCAGGUCCUUCAAGGCCGUUUUCCCAAGCACCAGGCUCCCGGAGGAGCAGGAGAAGCAAAGGCUGCUGCCAAGGCCAAGAAUAGCCAGAGAUCAGGUACUGAUCCGCUCAUUGCCCACGACCCAUGGGCUAAAGCAGCCGCUGUGUCAUCUCGCUGGGAAGAUCUCAAGCUCGAGGACCAUCACCCUUUCCAGGAUGCCAAAGGCGAGCAGUUAUGGCAAUACCAUAGGCUCCAAACCACGAUGACUACAAAAGGUGUGGUGCUCACAACAAAGCAAUAUUUGCCAGAGCUCAUCAAGCUCAGCCCCAAGCAGCCAUUGGUUGCGAUUCUGCCACUGAUUGAUCAGCAAACCAAAGUCAGCAGUGCUCUCACCUUCCAUGGCCCCUUCGAAGUUGUGCUGGAAGAUCGGGCCACCAAGGCCUCGUACAAACGCGUGGUUUCUGCUGUUGCACUUUGUGGAGAGUUCCAAUUCAAGUUGAGUGAACCAGCAUGCGAAUUUACUAUGUCGGAAGUGGCAGAGGUUGUGCUGGAGCUUGAUUCGAGAUUGGUCAACAAGGCAGAAUUUGACCGAGCGCAAGACAAUCCCAUCUGGUUCUUCAAGCAGUACCUCACCAAUGCAGCGCCAGAUCACGUGAAUCAUGCCUCGGUCUACGGCUUUCGUCACAACCGGCAUCCAUCGUCCUCACGUGAUGAUGAUCAGUUACAAGUCCUUGCAAAGCUGCCCUGCCCAGCACGGGCCAAAUUGUUGACCAGCAGUGGAACACAGGGCAUCCUGGAUAUUCCAGAGUACUUGCUUUCGCCUAGCAUAGCAGAUGCACACGGCACAACAGUCCUGGAUAUCUUGAACAACCGACGCGCCGAUGUUGACGAAAUUGACAACAGUGCGCCGGAUCCACAACACCGCUUUCCUCUUCUUCCUUGGAAUGAAGAUGUUGCAAAGUACCGUUGGCAGAUUCCCUUUGAAUUUGAUCAUACUCCACCUGCUUGCUGGCCGGCUGCGGCACAUGAUUGGUCGGUCUUCACGGCCUUCUUGAAAAGUCUGAAGUGGUUUGUACAUGAGGACGCACGUAUCUCCUAUGCUGAGUUGGCCGUACUUCUUGUUGGAAAGCAGUUCCGUUUGGAAGCUUUUAACGACGAGUUUUACACUUUCAAGACCCUGAUAUGUUGUGUGAAGAAGUGGUGCGGACUUCUACUUCGGCGCGGAUGGGGACCACUCUUUCCGGGCACCCAUGAUGCACAUGAGCAUAACGCCUGGGGAAAGACGAUGCCCAGCGGCAUUGUCGUUGGUGCGAGACCAUGGAGGACGACUGAGGACCUUUGCUUUCUUACGUCUGUAGCGGACCGGGUCGUGAGAGCUAACCUCUCAUCCUGGGAGUUUGCAGUUCAUGAAUUUUCAACUUGA